AUGCCGUUGCACAAAGCCUGCCCUUCGCGGAGCUCCUUCUCGAAGGACCGACACUCCCCUCACGGCGGAUUUCACCCCUUCGGCGGCAAGCUGAGCCGUCACUUUGGAGAGUCGCUGAGCCCCGACGAUGCCUACCUCUCCUACCACGAUAUUCGUCUGACCCGUGAAGACGUGACAACCAUCAAGAACGACUGGCUGACGGACAACGCCAUCGCCUUCUGGGAGGAGUACCUCGAACGGGAAAAGCUGAUCAGCUACCCCAAAGCCCAUAUCGUCCUCCUCCGUCCCAGCAUGUCCUUCCUGCUCAUGAAGACCCAAGACCCUCUCACACUAAAGACGGCACUGCCCGACUUCGCCCAAACCACCCACAUCUUCCUCCCCAUCAACGACUGUUACCGCGUCGACGUGGCCGAAGGUGGCUCGCACUGGAGCUUGCUCCUGGUCUCCAUCAUCGAUGGCGUCUCUUUUCACUACGACUCUCUAUACCCUAACAACAUGCACGAGGGCCAGCUCGCCAGCCAUCGCUUUUCCCAGCUCCUCGGCCGACCUCUGCGCUUCAUCAAUCUAGACGACUGCCCUCAGCAAGAGAACGGGAUGGAUUGUGGCGUUUACGUCUGUCUGAUCAUGCAAUACUUGCUCAUGAACAAGCUUCUUCGCGCGCAUAGUGGCGACAAGAUCAGUAUGAGCAUGCGCGGCAAGGAAGUCGAUGCGAGUGGGGGACGGCGGGCGAUACUGAGGAUCAUCGAGGACAGGCGAGUGGAGGGGGAGCGAAGGAGGAGUCGGAGGUCGAGAGGCAAGAGCAAGAGUCGCAGUCCCCCCAGGAUUGGCAUGGAAAAUGAAGACGUGUGA